UCUCUCUCUCUUAGGGUUUGCUGGGUUCGACGCAAUAACAACACAGCAGCUCGAUCUCCCGUCUCCAUGAAACCGAAUUCUGUGCAGUAAUCUCUCUUCCAUUCACCCCUCUCUCCGUCUCUUCCUUCUGUGCUGCAAGAUUUGAAGUAGGUUUCGAUUCACAUAUAUAAUGAUCAAAAUAUAUCUGGCGUGCGUCAGCUCCGUCGUUGUGUGUCUGAAUCUCCGCGUCUUCGGUCCUGGUUUGAAUCCUUGCAUGGCCAAUUACUCCCUCUCCGCCUCUCGCUAAUUCUGCCCUUUCUUUUUCGUUCCCCAAAAGCAUGUAAAAAAAAUUCGCGGUCUUCUUGAGUGCGUGCAUAGAUCUUAUCGAGCUAUCAAUCUAAGGGUUUCUUGGCCUUUGCUCGUCUACGCUUUUGCCUGAACAUACAUCCAUAUUUUUAUAAUUUAUAUAUUGGGUUUCUGAGAAAGAGGUGUUUUGGUAAUUCUCUGUGAGAAGUAUGCCCCAGGAGCAGGCGGUUUCGAUUCGUCGAAGCUUGUCGAGAAGGCGGUCUUUGAGGUCUGGGGUCGAUAGGGAUGAUAGGGGAUGGACUCUGCUCCAUAUUGGUGCCCGCAAAGGUGAUCUCAAGGAGGUGAAGCGACUUCUUGAUGAAGGAAUGGAUGUGAAUGUGUCUGGUCGGGGCCCUAAAUCAAAAGGAGUGACCCCACUCCACCUUGCUGCUGAGGGUGGUCACCUUGAAGUUAUGGAUGAACUGCUAGAGCGUGGUGCUAAUAUUGAUGCUAAAACAAUGGGUGCUUGUGGCUGGACACCACUUCACCGUGCAGCUAAAGAAAGAAGGAAGGAAGCAGUGAAAUUCCUGAUAGAGAAUGGUGCAUUCUUGGCAGAUGACAUCGAUGACAACAGAUUUAAUCCACCACUCCAUUACUGCCCUGGUCUUGAGUGGGCUUAUGAUGAAAUGAAGCGUUAUAAGCAAGAUAACUUAUCAGCUGGUGAUGCCUCCUCCUCCUCCUACAGCUCAGAAAGCUGAAAAUCCCCCUCGUUGCCAUGGCCUUGCAGUUUGGUUCGCUUGGUAUUUGUAAUUUGUUGCAUAUUAUAUUAAACGUAAACGUGGACGUGCAUCACGCAAUCAUCUUCUAUUGGUUUGUUUUGUUUGUAUUGCAUUAUGUUAAACAUGGACCAUGUACUAACUACGUUCUGUGUUGUGUGUUUUUGGA